UAUGUCAUUGUUAUAAAGGACACCUUUCUGAGAUAUUUAAAGGAGAGAGAACAAGAACAGUUGAUAAAAAUUCUGUCUUUUUUGUUUCACAUCUUCAGACACGAUGACCUGAAGGAGAUGCUGGACAGUAAUAAAGACUCCUUGAAGCUGGAGGCCAUGAAGCGCAUUGUAGCGAUGAUCGCCCGGGGGAAGAACGCCUCAGAUCUCUUCGCUGCCGUGGUGAAGAACGUGGCCUGUAAGAACAUCGAGGUGAAGAAGCUGGUGUAUGUGUAUCUCGUCUGCUACGCUGAAGAACAGCAGGAUCUCGCUCUGUUGUCCAUUUCCACCUUCCAGAGAGGACUGAAGGACCCCAACCAGCUGAUCCGUGCGAGCGCCCGAGACAUCAGAGUGACCAUCAUCGUGCCCAUCAUGAUGUUAGCCAUCAAAGAGGCGGCGUCUGACAUGUCUCCAUACGUCCGCAAGACCGCAGCUCAUGCCAUACCCAAACUACACAGUCUGGAUCCAGAUCAGAAAGAUCAGUUGAUUGAAGUCAUCGAGAAGCUGCUGGCUGAUAAAACCACACUGGUAGCAGGCAGUGUGGUGAUGGCGUUUGAGGAAGUGUGUCCGGACCGCAUCGAUCUGAUCCAUAAGAACUACCGUAAGUUGUGUAACCUGUUGAUUGACGUGGAGGAGUGGGGUCAGGUGGUCAUCAUCAACAUGCUCACGCGCUACGCCAGGACACAGUUCCUCAACCCCAACAUCAACGAAUCUCUGCUGGAGGAGAACAGCGAGAAGGCCUUCUAUGCCUCUGAUGAUGAGGAAGAGGAAGAUAAGAAAGAUGAGGUGGCCCCUCUAGCGAAGAGGAAGCCGUACGUGAUGGACCCCGAUCACAGACUCCUACUGAGGAACACCAAACCCCUGCUACAGAGCCGCAACGCUGCUGUGGUGAUGGCAGUAGCUCAACUGUACUUCCAUUUGGCUCCUAAAGCAGAGGUGGGAAUCAUCGCUAAGGCUUUGGUCAGGUUAAUGCGCAGCCACAGUGAAGUGCAGUAUGUCGUGCUUCAAAACGUGGCCACGAUGUCCAUCAAGAGACGAGGAAUGUUUGAGCCGUAUCUGAAGAGUUUUUAUAUUCGCUCUACGGACCCAACGCAGAUCAAAAUCCUCAAGACGUAUAUUAAGAGCAUGGAUAAGGAUUUUGUGGCGGCCAGCAUUCAGGCCAUUGGUCGCUGUGCUACAAACAUCGGCGAGGUCAGAGACACCUGUCUGAAUGGACUCGUACAGCUGCUGUCCAAUAGAGAUGGUAAGAUUACUAAACUGUUGACGCAAUAUGUACUGAACCUAGCGAAAUAUGAUCAAAACUAUGACAUCAGAGAUCGUGCCCGCUUUAUCCGCCAACUCAUUGUGCCCACUGAUAAGAGCGGUGCUCUUAGCAAAUACGCAAAGAAGCUUUUCCUUGCACUCAAGCCUGCCCCUGUCCUGGAGUCUACAUUUAAAGACAGAGAUCACUUCCAGCUGGGGUCAAUGUCUCAUCUGCUGAACGCUAAAGCCGGCGGAUACCAGGAGCUGCCCGACUGGCCCGAAUCGGCGCCUGACCCUUCCGUGCGCAACGUGGAGUUGAAGGAUUCUGUGUGUGCAAGGCGAACAGUUCUGACAGGGCCAGAGGGCGCAGGGGUGCUUCUCCUACAGACCACCAGAGGGAGCUCCAACAUGCAAGAUCUCCCAAAGAAAUGCCCCAAAGCGCUGACCAAAACAAUCUCUCCAUUUAGCCUUUUUAUGAAAAUAUUGCUUUCCCUCUCAGAUACCUUUUAAGGGUUUUGAAUGAUAAACAUCUUCAUGAUGUUGUUCUGUGUUUUGUUUCUCUGUAGUGAAGUGCAGUAU